AUGAAAUUGAAUAUAUCAUCUGAUGAUAUUAAUUUACUUGUUUAUCGAUAUUUGAUUGAGAACGGAUAUUGUCAUACUGCUUUUUGUUUUAAUAAGGAAGCUAGUAUUAACACUAAUCCUUUUUAUGGUAACCAUGCUGAUAAGAUUCCUCCUAAUGCUCUGGUUUCAUUUAUGCAGAAGGCUAUGAUUUAUAUAUAUCUUGAAUAUCAUACUGAUGAUAUAACUGGAGAGCAGAUUUUAUGUGAUGAAUCAUUUUCAUUUUUUCGUAAACACAACUGUUUUCGAAAGUUAGGUCAGACUCAUGGAUUACCUCUAUCGCAAUCAAACUUUACUCACACUGAGGAUAAAGAUCAACUCGAUAAAUCUAAUGUUAAUAAUAACUCUUCUGCUGUUAAACCUGAAUUCGAUUUGACUAAUACUGGAUUCACACCUGAUGAUAUAUUGGAGAGCAACAGUAGUUUAUUUCAACUUAAUCAUCCAGUUUAUGUGGGACCUCCUCAGAGACGUUUAUCAGACAAAUGGCAACUAUACGGUUACCACAAAUUAUUCGAAUACAAAUGUUCUAACUUAUCUACAACUUGUCAUUUUAACCCAGCGUAUCCCGGAUAUGUUUUAAAAAUAGUUGUGGAUGCUCCAUCUAGUUUAUAUAAAUUAAACGACAAUGGCAAGGCAUCGAUAUGUGAGAUACUAUUACCACAUGCUAAACUAUCAUCGAAUAAAUAUGAUCCAGGUGUUACCACAUCGUCGAAAUGGAGACCAGAUGGAGUUGCAGUAUGUACAGGUCACUCGGAUGGCAAUGUUAAUUUGUGGUCAAUGGAGGGACAUUAUAUGACGUCAGUGCGUGUGGAAGCAGCAGUGACAGCAGUGGCCUUUUCUGGAAGUAGAGCAUAUUGGAACGAGGUUGAUGCAGCAGAUGUGCCAUACUACGUAGCAGUGGGAUGUGCAACAGGACAAGUGCUGGUAUACAAGGUGGACAAAAAUAAAUUUAAACUGUUUAAACAGUAUAGCCAUACCACAUGUGUAACAGAUGUCGAAUGGAAGUCACCCACUGUAGUAUCCUCAACCAGUAUGGGAGGAAAUCUAGUCUUGUACGAUGUUACCAGUGAUUCAAGUAAGGAACUCAUGUUGUCAUCAGUAAACAAUGUGCCAUUCAUGGAGUGGGACUACUACGGUAGGUACCUAGCAAUGGUGGAUGAUACGGAAAUAUUCAAGGUGUAUAAGCCAAAAGAAAAUGAAGUAGAUGGCGAACUGGUACUGCUAAGUGGACACAAAGCUAAACUUAUAGGAGCUUCCUGGUAUUCAGGAAUAUUCGAAAAGUCAUCCUGUAGAAUAUGUACAAUAGCCAUGGAUAAGCAGAUGAUAGUCUGGGACGUAGCUGCAGAGUGCUUAGUCAUGUCCCUUGCAUUGGAUCAAAUGCCAACCACGGUAUCAGUCUCACCAAACGACAGCCUGGUGGCGAUAGGAUCAUACGGAAACAGCAUUAAAAUGUACGCGCUCCCAAACCUUACACUCGUAUGCUCAUUCUACGAUCAAACGGUACCAACUAAUGUUAGUUGGUCUGCAGAUAGACAACACCUCCUGUACAACGUGUUUAAUCUGCAGAGAACACUCAUAGUGCCUCUCAAUACACUCUCCUCAAUUCAAUCUGAUUAA